AUCGUUUUAUCUUUCUUGGCUUUCAAUGAUUAACAAGGAUAAAAUGAUACUUGUGUCACUAAAUGGAAAGCACCCAAUACUUGAUACUGCAUCUCUUGUAUGUACUUUUGCUUUCCAAUCUACAUGACAAUCUACAUGUUUUGUGGCAUUCAAAGCCGUCCUGUGAUCAAAACAUCUAGAAUAAACUGAAUAUGAAACUUUUGUUAUUAUUUCAUUCAUGAUAUUUUUUUAUUUUGCUGUAUAUUUAAUUGUGUGAAUGUCGAUCUAUCUUUUCCUCUUCUUUUAAAUUUGUGAUUGAUUAAUAAAAGUUUUAUCGUAAUGACUAUUGACAUAGUGGAAACGUUGAAACAGCCGGGAAUGACGAAGAUAUGCGCUCCUAUGGUUAGAUACAGCAAGUUGCAAUUUAGGACACUUGUGAGAAAGUAUGGAUGCGAUAUAUGCUUUACUCCCAUGAUUUUGGCAGAUUCGUUUGUGCAAUCUGCAAAAGCUAGAGACAAUGAAUUUACUACGCAUAAAGAAGACCAGCCACUGAUAGUUCAAUUUGCAGCUAAAAAUGUGAGCGAUUUUGUUGAUGCUUCAGUAAUGAUUGCACCAUAUUCCAAUGGUGUUGACUUAAAUUGUGGUUGUCCCCAACGUUGGGCUAUGCAAGAGGGAUAUGGAGCUGAUUUGUUGAGAAAACCAGAGCUUGUUAAGGAUCUGAUACGUCAAGUUAGGAAUCGUAUUUCAAAGCCAUUCACUGUUUCUGCGAAGAUACGUCUGUUGAAAGAUAUACGUCAAACGAUAAUGUUGUGUCAAAUUUUGGAGAAAGCUGAUACAUCGUUUUUGACGAUUCACGCAAGGACUCCUGAAAUGCGUAAUGAACCAAUCAAUUUGGACAAUCUCAAGCUCCUUAGAGACCACGUACAACUACCUCUUGUGGCAAAUGGUGAUAUAAAAAGUUUAGAAAGCGCGGAAUUCUUAUUUAAAGAAUCCAGAUGUGAGGGGGUGAUGUCUGCCAGGGGUAUCUUAACUAACCCAGCAUUAUUUUCGGGAUAUUCCACCACUCCACUGGUUUGUGUUCAAGAUUGGUUGGAUAUCACAUCAAGUAUAUCAACUGAAUUUCAAUGUUUCCAUCAUCAUUUGGUAUUUAUGUUGGAAAAGAUCUUACCAAGGAAAGAUCGAGUGUUGUUCAAUAGUCUGCAAAAUAAAUCAUCUGUGCUAGAGUUUCUAGAAACUUAUUACAAUAUAAGACCAAACGCGUCUAAUUCGACGGAAUUGACUAGAUGUAUUUUUAAUGUCUCAAAUGUGCAGCGUAAAAAAAAGUAUAUUGAUUAUACUUCGGAGGAUGAUUCGCCUAGUGACAUUUUAGGGAAUAUAUUUAAUACAGAUUCAUAAAGAAAAACAGAAAGAGAAGCUCAGUGAUCGAUUUUGUGAAGUUUAUAAAUUUUGCACGUGUUGAAUUGACAACGUUCUUGUGACGAAUAAUUUAAAUAAAUUUUUUAAAAAGUCCGCUG